UGCCCGCCCACCAGCCUUUCAGACAGAGCCCGGGAGGAGAAGUGGUUACCCCAGCUGUGUCCUGUGCCCUGGAUGAGGAGCCUGGGGUCCCUGUCACUCUCUGCUGAACUGGUGUUUCCAGCCGUGCACAGGGACUGAUUGGCCGAGGACCCACGUUCUUCGGACACCGUAACGGGGAACGAGCAUGGAGGAUGAAGACUACAACACCUCUGCCCUCUAUGACGAAGACUACUCCGACGACUUCGACUCCAUCGUGGUGUUGGAGGAGUUAUCUCCCCUGGAAGCCAGGGCGGCCAGGAUCUUCCUGGUGGUGGUCUACAGCCUCGUCUGUUUCCUCGGGAUUCUAGGCAACGGUCUGGUGAUUGUCAUUGCCACCUUCAAGAUGAAGAAGACAGUGAACACCGUCUGGUUCCUUAACCUGGCCGUGGCAGAUUUCCUGUUCAACGUCUUCCUCCCAAUCCACAUCGCCUACGCCGCCAUGGACUACCACUGGGUUUUUGGGACCGCCAUGUGCAAGAUCAGCAACUUCCUGCUCAUCCACAACAUGUACACGAGCGUCUUCCUGCUGACUGUCAUCAGCUUCGACCGCUGCGUCUCUGUGCUGCUCCCCGUCUGGUCCCAGAACCACCGCGGCGUCCGGCUGGCCUACGCGGCCUGCGUGGUCAUCUGGGUCCUGGCGUUCUUCUUGAGUUCGCCGUCCCUGGUGUUCCGGGACACGGCCAAUCUGCACGGGAAGACGUCCUGCUUCAACAACUUCAGCCUGGCCGCGGCUGGGUCUUCCCCGGGGCCCACUCACCCCCGACUGGACCCCGUGGGGUACAGCCGCCACAUGGUGGUGACCGUCACCCGCUUCCUCUGCGGCUUCCUGGUCCCAGUCCUCAUCAUCACCGCCUGCUACCUCACUAUCGUCUGCAAGCUGCGGCGCAACCGCCUGGCCAAGACCAAGAAGCCCUUCAAGAUCAUCGUGACCAUCAUCAUCACCUUCUUCCUCUGCUGGUGCCCCUACCACACGCUGUACCUCCUGGAGCUCCACCACAGGGCCGUGCCUGGCUCCGUCUUCAGCCUGGGCCUGCCCCUGGCCACAGCUGUCGCCAUUGCCAACAGCUGCAUGAACCCCAUUCUGUACGUCUUCAUGGGUCAGGACUUCAAGAAGUUCAAGGUGGCCCUCUUCUCCCGCCUAGUCAACGCUCUGAGUGAGGACACAGGUCACUCUUCUUACCCCAGCCACAGGAGCUUUACCCGGAUGUCGUCAAUGAACGAGAGGAGUUCCAUGAACGAGAGGGAGACCAACAUGCUCUGAGCCUCGCCUAGGGGCCCCCAGUGGAGACUCCCAACCCCCAGGAUGCCCAAGGACACGUCUUCUGAAAACCAAGGCAAGAACCUCUUUCGCACCCACCGAUGUCCUCUGCAUGGGGAGGAGCAGUGUUUUGAGCUGUGAAUCCAGGGUCUGGAACCCUUUUCUCCAAGUGGCACAGUGGAGAGAGCCUUCCAUGGUGCUCACAGCCUUGCACUAGCAACCUGUGCCUCUUGGAAGACCCACCUUGACCCACUGAAAUUGAAAAAGGAAGAAUUCUCCGAAGCACUGCCAUGAUCUGGGGUUGGCAUACAGUGGCAGGAUUAAGCUCCUUGCCGUGAGUGCCACAGAUACGACACACACAUUUUAUAAGGUCCAUUCCUGGUGGGUGCAGGACAGGUCACAGCAAACCCGGUGUGAUGCAGAUCACACCUGGCCCUCACAGCUGUAUCAAUAGCCAGCCAGAAAAUCCUGCCCCUAAAACCAUUCCUCUGGGUUAAGGCACGUGCAAAUGCACAGGUGACGGGGAGGCGAAGGCGACCUGAUAGCCCAUGAACUCCCAAGACCACGGAUUUGGCCUUCAGAUCAGCCGGGAAGACAGAGAACAGGUCCUGAGGCAGCAUGUGGGCGCGUUGCAAGGGCGGGACCAGGGUGGGGGGUGUGCAGCGAGGCCCCGGGGAAGGAAGGACAGAGAAGACCAAAGAGUCUUCAUGGGACGCGGACGCAGAACAGCUCACCCUAGACCUUCACAGGGUGACGGUGCUCUCGGCUGGAGCUAUUUGCAGGGUGUGGGUGGUGGCAGCCCCUGAUCUCACCUCGCCUUUAUUACCUGGGGGUGGGGUUGUGGUGGGCAGGGGUUCUUCCUUCCUUGCCUAAUCCACUCAGCUCUGGCUGGAGGUGCUUAGAGUAAAACACUGGGUGCUGGGGGAGGGGGUGGGGGCGGGGCUUCUUUCCUCUUCAAUUUCCUCCAAGUCUUGCUGGAGACUGCUCUUAAAUGCAGCCUCGGGAAGCGACUUUGGAGCGUCUCCUGGGAAGAAGAGUGUGUCCAAGGACUCAGUCACCGAACUCAAAGCAGAGUCUGGAGCCGGCGUCCUUGACCUGAGCUCCUGAGAUGCAGACGCCGCGCUGCAUGGCUUUUCUCAUCUGACGCCAACACCUGCCUGUGGCAGAGGGUGUCAUUUCCCAGUGACACAGCUGGGGCUCAGAGGAGGAAGUACUCUGCCCAACACCAGCCAGCUACUCAGUGGCAGAGUUCAGAUCCGAACCCAGCUGGGCCUGGCUGCAGAGGCUCUGUUCUUUCAUUGAAAAUUUACCUAUUGAGAUUAUUCUAGACUAUAACGCUAGCCUACAUUUAUUUAGCACUUUCCAUGUUAAGCACUUUCCAUGCGUUUUCUUAUUUAUUCCUCACAGCAAUCCUGAGUUAGGUACAGUUAUUACUUCCCUUUCUCAUAGGAGGAAUCUGAGGUCAGAGAGGUUAAGUAACUCACCCAAGGGCACCCAGCUAGUCUCUGCCGGGGCCUGGAUUUGAACCUCAGUUUGCCUGGCCCAAAGGAGGCUGCAGAGUCAGGAAGGAACUAGAAAGGUUGGGGGUAUUGAUCAUAAAUAUUGAUUCUUCUGUAGAUGAAUGUGAACAUCUUAAUGGCCUUUAAGAAGCUUUGCAAAUAGUUUUCAAAAAUGACGCAAUGUGGCAAAGAAAACACACGUGGCUUCCAGCUCCCCCGACAGCCAUCAACAGCCACCCCAGCCACGGAUCGCCCAUCUUGCAUCCCCUGAGGUCCCCAAGGAGGGCAGUGUGGACAGAGGCCUGGCAGGAGGCAGCCGCUUGUGAGCCCGAGGCCCUUCGGCCCCUAAGUGUCCACGUCUUGUUCUCUUCCAAGUCCCCAAGCCGUUAAGCGAAUUCUCCAACAGGAUGCAGCGAACAGAUGCGAUGUCUGCCCCGAGCUGGGCAAGUCCCCAAGGCCACGGGCUGUUUGGAAUGGCACUUCAUUAAGAGACAAACUGUUCUGUCCCUCCUGCAUCUUUUUUUUAAAAAAACUUUAUA